CUCAACCCCGUCGGGCUUAUAGACCGCCGCAUCCUCGUCUCUCUACUUCGCGCGUUCACCAUCCGACUCUCCUGCUCGUCAAAAGUCAGCCACUAUAUUGUGCCUGCGAUGUCCGAUCUUCCUGUGCACGCGAUCCGGACCCUGUCCGAUCAGCAUCCCAAGCCAUCGCAUAUUCAUUUCCAGUAUGGAACGGCUGGGUUCAGGACAAAAGGUGAUACCCUCGACUCUGUCAUGUUCAGGGUUGGGAUCCUAGCCGGCCUGCGCAGCAAGAAGUGGGAUGGCAAGACUAUCGGUGUGAUGGUUACUGCAUCGCAUAACCCUGAGCCUGACAAUGGCGUGAAGCUCGUUGAUCCCAGGGGUGAGAUGCUCGAGACGUCAUGGGAGGCACACGCUACUGCCCUUGCGAACGCACAAAGCACAGACGAGUUCAUCGCAGCCCUUGACACGUUCACGACCACCAUGAAGAUCGAUCUGUCAAAACCGGCAAAGGUGGUCUAUGCAAGAGAUACCCGGCCAUCUGGCCCUGCGCUCGUUGCAGCCUUGGAAGACGGCAUCAAAGCCAUCGGUGCUGAAGAGCGCGACGCGGGCGUGACAACUACACCCGUCCUUCACUAUCUGGUCAGGGCGAUCAAUACCAAGGGUACCAAGGAAGAGUACGGAGACGACUCGGAGGAAGGCUAUCUUCGGAAACUCAGCACCGCUUUCAAUAAGCUAGUGGCUGGGAAGCCCUCUAUCCCGCCUCUGGUUGUGGACUGUGCCAACGGCGUUGGCGCAAAAUUAGCAAAGGAACUGGCGGAAUAUCUAGGCGACACGUUGCAGCUUAUACCCGUCAACACGUCGACUACGACGCCCGGCGCUCUGAACAACGCUUGUGGCGCCGACUUCGUCAAAACUCAGCAGACGCUCCCUCCCUCAUUGACAAGUGUCUUGAAGCCCGGGCAGCGAGCCUGCAGUCUAGACGGUGAUGCCGAUCGCUUGAUGUACUACUAUCUCGACGAUCGCGGACAAUUCCACAUGCUGGAUGGCGACAAGAUUGCUGCUCUGUCGGCUGCGUUCAUCGGCGAGCUGACCAAGUCUGCUGGGCUCGACAGCCAAAUCAAGGUCGGCAUCGUGCAGACUGCGUACGCUAACGGUGGAUCAACAAAAUACCUAUCGGAGCGUCUUCCGGUGAAAUGCGUACCAACUGGUGUCAAACAUCUCCACCACGCCGCGGAAAAGUUCGAUGUCGGCGUGUACUUUGAAGCCAACGGCCACGGCACGGUUAUCUUCUCCCCGCAAAGUCUGGAGAUAAUAUCCGCCUACCAACCCUCCACGCCAGCUCAGUCGACUGCUCUGAACCACCUCAUCAACCUGACGGAAGUUAUUAAUCAAACUGUCGGCGAUGCACUAUCGGACAUGCUGAUGGUGGAGGCCGUGCUCGCGCACAAAUCCUACAGCGGAGAGGAGUGGGACUCCCUCUACGUCGACCUGCCGAACCGCCUCGUUAAGGUCGUCGUGGCCGACAGGAACAUCUUCAAGACCGAGGAUGCGGAGCGCCGCUUGGUCAGCCCACCGGGCAUUCAGGCGAAGAUCGACGAGCUGGUUCGCCGGUACGAGGGCGGCCGCGCAUUCGUGAGACCAAGUGGAACGGAGGAUGUUGUGCGAGUGUAUGCCGAAGCGACGGUCAGAACGCAGGCCGAUGAGCUUGCAUACCGCGUUGCGGGACUGGUUUACGACGAGACUGGCGGCCACCCUGCUCACCGCCCCCUCGAGUUUCUGUGAGACGGCCGGACUGGAGUGCGAAGGAAAACCGAAGUGGAUUUAACCGUGGACAUGUACUUGUAGCUUUUUACACGGACUGUGUACUGACACCGGCGGUCGCUGGCAAUGUACACUAUUGCAUGCGUUAGCAUCUAGUGCAUCGGUGGUAUUGGGCGCUUUCGAAUACCGAGGCGUUGAGUGGCGGGAAGUUCCGGUGCGAGAG